AUGGUUGCUGCGGUAAAAAUAGUUGCUAUUGCGAGUGUGACUUUUCAAGCAGUGCACGCAUUUUGCGUUUACAACAGAAUAACACCUCCAUCAGAGGAGCAACGAAAAACGCUGUCAAUGAAUGUGUGGGAUGCAAGAGGCGAUGGGUACAAUUCUUUCGCAUGUUGUCAUUAUAAGAACAAGGGUUGUAACCCAUUAGGUAUGCCAUUUAGACCUAUCAGUCUUAAUGUCAAUUUUUCUAAUGAUGUCACUUGCGAUACAAGCUCAGGUUUUGCUUUUUAUGGCCCUUUCGACAAUAUAUAUGUUGAAUGCACUGAUUCAGACGGAAAUGUUAAAGAAGCUUCCUUGGUUCGUUUUGAUGGUCGCUGA